AACUUUAGUGUGGUGCGGUGUGGCGUUGCAUCUGUCAUGGUUGUUUGCUGACAAGUUGAUAAAAAUUACGUGUUUGAUUUUUUUUGUUGAAAAUAUCCGAGAUGCUGAUUUUAAGAGUUCAAUCCCCGGAAGGAACUAAGAGAGUGGAAAUCAGCCCUGAUGCAAAUCUCCGUAGUCUCUACGAGACGGUCUUUGCGGCUUUUGAGCUGACCAACUAUGAUUUUUCGCUUUUCAAAGAACGAGGCUACAAGCAAGAGCUGACUUCGAGUCGUUCGCAGAAGCUAACUGAUUGCCAAUUGAAGCAUGGAGAUAUGGUUUUUAUGAAAAUCCUCUCAGAAAACUUUGCGUCAUCCUCGUCGAAGGAUACCCCAGGAUCGAGUGGAUCAUUCAACAAUUCCUUCUCAGUGACACGAUCCUCAUCAACAAAUACGGUCAACUCUGAUGCUUCUGUAAAGGUGAAUGGGAGUGUCAAGGAGGAUGAUGUGGAUUUGCAGCUUUACAAAAUUGACGGAUGGAUUCAGAGAUCCAGGGAUACCAAAUUGUGCCGUCACAAUUCAAACGGCUGCUGUGUGCAUUGCUCCCCACUGGAGCCAUGGAAUGAGAACUAUUUGAAGGAGCACAAGAUAAAACACUUGUCCUUCCACUCAUACAUCCGGAAGUUGACUUCGGGUGCUGAUCGUGGGAAAUUUGUAGCGCUAGAGGACAUAAAUUGUCGCAUUAAGGCCGGCUGUCGGGAUCAUCCGCCAUGGCCAAAGGGAAUCUGCUCAAAAUGCCAACCACUGGCGCUCACACUUAAUCGUCAGAUUUACCGGCACGUGGAUAAUGUCAUGUUUGAGAAUCCCGCUCUUGUGGAGCGUUUCCUCAACUAUUGGCGCUUCAGCGGGCACCAACGCAUGGGAUUCCUCUAUGGCACCUACGAGGUGCAUGCUGAUGUACCCUUGGGCAUUAGGGCGCGUGUUGCGGCGAUUUAUGAGCCCCCGCAGGAGAGCAAUCGCGAUUCAAUUCGUUUGCUCGAUGAUGAUUAUCGAACGGAUGUGGAUGAGAUUGCAGCGGCAUUGGGUCUACGCAAAGUUGGGUGGAUUUUUACGGAUUUGCUGAGUGAGAAUGUGGCUGCGGGGACGGUUAAACAUGUCCGAGGAAUUGAUACGCACUUCCUGACUGCACAUGAAUGCAUUUUAGCUGGACAUUUUCAAAAUGAACACCCAAAUGCAUGCAAACAUGCAACGAAUGGAACAUUUGGUUCAAAAUUUGUGACUGUUUGCGUUACAGGAGAUGAAAAGAAGCAGGUGCAUAUGGAGGGGUAUGCUGUAUCAGCUCAGUGUAUGGCCCUUGUGCGGGAUAACUGCCUCAUACCAACGAAAGAUGCCCCAGAACUUGGCUACAUAAAGGAAUCCACUGACAAGGAAUUCGUCCCUGAUGUCUACUACAAGGAAAAGGAUAUUUAUGGGAAUGAGGUAUCCCGCCUGGCACGUCCACUACCUGUAGAAUAUUUACUUGUUGAUGUGCCCGCGUCCUCACCACUUGUGCCCACAUUUACGUUCACGGUGCGCGAGGAUAAGCGACCAUUUCCGGUGGAAAAUCGCCUUCUCGAUGGGCAUCUACAGGAUUUCACGGCACUCAGUUCAUACCUCUCACAGUGGCGCCCAGAGGAGUUUCUGGAUGCCAUUUCGGACUUCCAUUUGCUCGUCUACCUAGCACGUAUGGAUAUGUUGCCCAUGAGGGCGGCAAUGGCGCCCCUCCUUAUGGCGGUGCGUCAAAAGAAUGCCACGGCGGCGGAUGAAUGGCGCACACAGGAGGUGUGGCGAACACUUGAGACUCUCAUUGCGGCCAGCUCAAGUGCAGCCGGUGGUACGGAACAAUAUCAAGCACCUGGUGGGGCUGCUGGGGCUGAUGCAUCGGUAUCAUGGACAUGUAGUCACUGCACAUUUAUAAAUCCCGGUGACAUACAAAAUUGCGAAAUGUGCAGUUUACCGCGGUAAGUAUCAACUAAAAAUAUUAACGUUUUUCCUUUUAUUUUCCUCUUUGUGAUCAUUGUAAGAAGGAAGGAAUUUCUCACCAGAGAAUAGAUUGAUUUUGAAGAAGAUUAAUCUCUGGUAGAGAUUUGAAGGUUUCAAAGUGAAAAUUACAGAUGAACUAAUAUGUUGUACAAUACAGUGAAACUAUAAUCAAUAUUUAAUUACAAUUUCAUUGCUUUGUGGCUUUUCGUAAUUGAAUUGAGUCCUUUAUUGUGUGACUGAAGCAAUCUAUCGUAAUUUUAAUCACUACCUGCAAAUCAUUGGGGAUUGUGGAUCGUCUUUGAAGAUGACAAUUCCAUGUUAACUGUCUCUCUGAUUCAAUCUCAAUUGUGGUUGAAUAAUAUGAAUUAAAUCACCAAAUUUAGAUCUAUCCCUUCUCGACUUAUAUAGCAGAAAAACAAAAUUAUUCCUACAAAAAAAAAAGAACAGAAUAAGAAAUGAUAAAUUGGCAAUAAAUGCGGAGGUAAUAUUAAUUAAUGUGUAACAGUUCAUUUGAGCUAAAAUUAGAAGAAGAAAAAAGAAUCAUUUAAGAGAGAGAGAGACUUGUGGAUCAAUAAAAUGUCUCAACACACAUAGAACUGCACACAUUAUUCCUCUAAUAGAUGAAGAACUUUUAAUUGCUCACUGUGUUGCAAACAAACGCGACUGCGAGGAUAAAUGCCACAAGAUACAAUCUGCAAUUUGAACUUUUGUGAAUGACGCAGAGUGAAGGGAUUUCAAGCACUUUUAGUUUUGCGGGAUGUUUAAUGAUCACACAGAGAUUAAUUACACUGCAGAAAAGUUUUGAUAUUAUUUACAA